AUGCUCUCGAAUACCGACUUCAACUGCAUCUUUAGAGAUAACAUGCUGUGCAAUUACUCAUACAAUAGUACUAAGAGUCAUUUGGCAACGAUUAAAAAUUUUGAUGAGUUCAUUAGUGCCACAGAUAGCCAAGAGGCUUGGAGCAGUCAAUCUCUCAACAACAAAAUUCAGUUCUUCUUUCCAGUUAUGAAUGAAAAAUCAGAGGAUACUUCAGGCUCCUCUUCAAUGUCCAACAGAGAUGAGAUUAAUUCCAGCUCGAAUAUUAUUAGAAACCCCGAAAAAGAAGAACUGAAAGAUUUACUAUGUAAUGAAGCAGGACAGGCAGCCACAUUCAAAGGUCCACUCACUUACACAGGCAUUAGCCUCAGAAAGGAGAAAGAAAAGGACAGAGUAAAGCAGGAUACUAUUAACAAGGUCUUCCUCAGAAUGAUCCGGAGGUUCUACCAUAAGCUAUUCCUGCAGGAUAACUUAAAGAUGUCUCAAAGGAGGUUCGUCAAUAUUGAUUAUGGUAAACAACUCACUGCAUACCAGCAACUGAUUAAAAGAUAUCUCAAUGCAGAGAAUGACCUUGAGUUGUCAUGCUUUUUGAUAAAAUUAUGAAAUCUUCGAGCUAAAAACUCUCCUGAGGCUAUGAACGAAUAUGAGCUCAAGGGAGCUGAAAUCUGCAAGAUGACACGAAGCUUCUCAAGAACCAAGUUCUCUGAACUUCACAAGGAUAAGCUCUUCAGGCAACUUUUCGAUUUUAUUUAUAAUGGAACUCUUGAUAAUGGUAGUAAAAAGUGAAUCGAUGUACUUUUUAACCAAGAGAGUGACAAUAUCUCUAAGCAUAAGAGGAAAUACACUAAGGCUUUUGAAAGGAUGAAUUACCUCUGACAAAAGGAGCUCUAGGCUCUAAUAACCCUCUAACUUUUCGUAAAACUAAUU